AUGGCAGCUCCUCCAGUGCAAUUGGACUACAAGGUCAUUAACCCGCCGGGUACCGUCCGUCACUCGCACACUGUGAUCAUGCUGCACGACAACGAGGAGGACGCGGACGCAUUGGGUUCGGAUUUUUUCGAACUCAGAUGCAGCCCCGGCAACGAUUUUCAUCCUCGCAGACUAGUCAAUGUGCUCGACUGUUUUCGAUGGGUUUUCCCCCACGCCCCCUUCCAAAUCGGAAACCAAGCCACUGUACGCAGGUGGUUUACUAUACCGAACCCACUUCAACAACAGGACAGCCCCGCCCUCGACGAUCCCCACGAAUUGGAGGUCUCCAUCGAUGGUAUUCUAAAUCUCAUCCGGAAUGAACAGAAAUCUGUGCGCCGCCACCAAAUUUACAUCGGCGGCCAUGGUCAGGGAUUUGCCGUGGCAGCCGCUGCAUUCCUCGUGGACGGAGAGGGCGACUUCGCCGGUCUAUUCGGCCUCAAUGGCUGGCUACCUCACGUCAGCAUGAUUCAAGGCGGCAGUCCUGACAACUUCUGGAGAUGGGUUUCCAAUGCGCGAGCCUUGCUUCACCCCACCAGGUUCGGCUCCUUGUUCACACGGCCCUAUCCAUCAGAUGAUCACGACAUCGUAGUACCACCACCUAGUGUCGAUCACAACUGUGGCAUCGUUCAGAGGCGUACGACCUUAGGCAGAAGACGAACGCCUAUCUUUCUGGCCCAUCCACAUUAUGAUUCUGUCGUUGAUUGCGCGUCAUCGGCUGCGGCAAGUGACGCAUUCGAUCGUAUGGGCUGGGUGGGCGCCGGUUUUGAGGACUAUCCCCAUGACAAUGGUGAAACCCAAUCUCCUGCCGCAACCACCCUCGCCGUGGACACCUAG